GGCUGGUGAGUCAUGGGCUUAGCGCUCCCUGUCCAGUGAGCGGCCAGAGUGUCUGGUGUGAUGCCCCGCCCCAGCGGUGUGUCAGGAAUGCGCGGCCUCUGAUUGGUCGGCUAUACCUGUUCAAUGAAACCUAAUCCCAGGACUGACACCUGUUGGCUGUGUUUGCACCGUGUGAUUCGGUAUAUGUUGUGAGUUUUCUCGAAAAGUAUGGAAAUACAUCUUUGCAAGAACAUCACAACACAAAAAAUGUGCUUUGUGUUGUUUUUCCCGAAAGCUAUGCAAAUAACGACAAUAAUAAUACAAUAAAGUUUGUUAGCAUCCAUGGCUAUCGACAGAGGGCAGGGUGUGUAAUCUGCGUAGAAUUAAUUUAAUUAAUUUGAAUGAAACCCAUCUGCAAGGAAUGUAUAAUAAAUUAGAGAAAAUAUUUUCUAAGGUUAAUAAUAUGAUCCAGGACUGGACCAAGUGGCUUUCGUCUGUCUCUCUUUGUUAACUUGUACAUUCUUGCACGCAUAAAUACCUUCAUAUCAACAUGUAUGUUUUUAGCAAUGUGAUUUAAGGAAAACACCAAUAUUUCAGCUCUGAAACAGUCAUAACCUAAAUUCCCAGACAAGCCAGGGUGUCAGAAAGCAGAAAGAGUGACACACAUCUAGAUUCUGAGUAACAUGUCACACUGCAUGACUCAGUUUACAGCAGCAGUCGACGCUACAGUGUCCACAGGCCUUCUGAGUUUGAGCCUGAUAAAGUCAAAAUGUCGACAAUAAAAUGUCAACAUUCAAGUCCAAUUCUGAACACUAGCAGCUCGCAAAGCUGCUCUGAAAUUGAUGGACCAGAAGAGUUGACUUUAUUCUCAAAAUGUCAACUUUAUUCUCGCAAUGCAAAAAAUCUUCCUCUGAUUUAGUUUGACUUUAUUCUCUUCAACAUUUUAGCUUCAUUGUCAAUUUUUGUUCUUAUCCGUUGGCUCUAACAGUCUUCCGUAGAAACCAGCAGAGACAUUUGCAUCGCGCUUUGCUCCGAGCGUUACUUUGGGCCCUACAUGUGAACCCAAGUCUACAGUAAUUGCACAACGGUAACUUCAUAGAUUUUGCUCAGGGGCACGCGGCAUUGAACUGAAGCUAAUCUCCAGCACAGUGUGUCACUCAUCAGCUUCCAGAAAUCACUGUGAUCCAUAAGAUAAACCAGGAGUCUCUCACACAUUUUCAACUGUCUUCUACUCUUUUAAAUUACCGUUUGUACCAAUGCCAUAAAAGUUGACAUGGAUUUAUCUCUCUGAAUACCUUCGUGAACUUGACUAGCAAGUAAACAUGCCUGUGAGCAUCAAGAGGAGGAGCUGACUGCCGACCGUCACGACAAGUUGUUCUUAUUUAGAGUAAGAAAGUCAAAUUGCCGCUUGCUGUUUAGUUUGUCUCAGCUUUGCCUCUGAGCUGUACUGAGGUGUAAGCUGUCUGCUAGAAAAGAAAAGUCGAAGAGAAUUUGAAUUUAAUCAUUUCUGAGGCACCAGGACAGGGUGAGGAGACUGGAUGGAGCUUCCUAUGUGAGUAAACUCAGAUUUUACAUCAACAUUUUUUUAUAUCAACAUAUUGUAUAUUAAAUGUAUCAUCCACAGCUCUUUGUUGAUGAGUCUAUUGUUUUCAUUCAGGUCAAACUGCAAACGACCUCGGUUCAGUGGUUAUGAAAACGAGCCUCCGCUGAGCUCGAAGAAAUGUUUGUCCAGUCUCAAAACUCUGCUGGACAGAUAUCCCACCAACAGCUCCGACCGGGCCACACAGCAUGCCAGACUGAUGGCAUGUCGUGGUCACCUCUGCACACGUGAGGCCGGAAACCUGACGAGCGAUAAGCUCUUCUCUGAGCAGAUAUCAUCCUGGGCUGACACACAGAACUCUGUGAAGAAAGUGCUGGAGCACCUUGUGUACCUCGGAAAAGCCACCGGUGACAUUUUCCUCAAUGACGCGGUUGCCAAGAAGUUUUUGGAGUUCCAUCGUGACAUCACCGAGGAGUGCGGCGCGGAGGAGAAACAGCAUUCUUGGGCUGUUAUUGAGAAAGAGGAGGAGAUCGUCAUGUAUGGACCGUACUAUCCCAACUACAGCAAAGGAAUACACAGCGAAGACAUCAUUAUCCAACAGACGGAGGAGCUUCUGGAGUCGGAGGUAUUCUCCCAGCAGUGGAAGGUGUAUGUUUUCACCAUGAACAGCCCGUGUUUGGCCCGAAACACCGAGCCAUGCAUGAUCAACCUGGUUCAGAAAGCUCACGCGUGGUGGACUGCGUAUGGAGUCAAGACUCAUAUUGGUUUUGUGAGAUGCUGGGGCUUCAGAGGAACCAAAGAAACGCUGUUCAGGGACAUUGACUACGGCCACGUGGACUGUAUAAAUCAGACAGGAAACCAUGGCGACUAUGUAGAAGCAGCUAAAAAUAGAACUAAUCUAAAUCCUUUAUGUGAAAAUCUGAGGUUCGCUGUUAAACACCUCCUGACAUGUGCAGAUCUGAGUUUCCCCCUGAUGACCACUGUGCAGGAACAGGACUGGAAUAGCUACUUCAAAAAGAUGCAUAGCAUUUUUGAAUGCAAACCAGAGGGUGAGAAAAAAGUCUUUGCACAGAAGCUGGACGCCGCGAUCGAAGCUGCAAGAGCUCUGCUUUCAGCGAAAAGCAGGAGCUUUGACAAGCAUCUAGAAGGCGGGAAGGCGUUCCCGCUCCAUUCCACUUUUGCUCCACAAGUGUCUGAAGCCCUCCAGGACGAAAUGACACUCGCUUUUCAACAGUGUUGGAGGGAGAUGGUACAAGACAAAUAUGCAGAUUUCCUCAGGGGGAAGCUGACUGAACAGUUCAACCAGUGUGCCGUGCAGCUUUUUAUCAAGGAUAUCGUGAAGUUCACAGACAGGUACUUACACAUUGGAAGGAUAAAGUUUUCCAAAGAACACAUGGCUGCUUUUGAAGCAGAAUGA